AGGCAACAGCGCCGCUUUAUUUAUUUAUUUUUAUGUGCCGCUUUUCUCAAGAAACUCAGACUCGUACAGCCUUCUCCUUCCCCACCCCCAAUUUAUCCUGUAAGCUAGGCUGAUAGUGACCCGUCCCCAAGGCAACUCAGCUCUUUGAUAUCCAUGGACCCUCUAGGGGCUGAAGCCUAGUCCCUCCCCAGCUGAGGAAUGUCAACUCCAUCGCUGAGCCCUCCUCCAGACCUCCCUUUUGCUGCCACCUUGUUCCUGCCCCUCCCUGCCAUCGUUUUCUUGGUUGUCGGUUCCUACCUGCUGCUCCUCGUCCUGGUCCUGGUCCUCCGACAGUGCCUGCUGGCCCGAGGCCUUUGUGCCAAUUGUUGUUCCUGCGAAAAGCAGUCCUGGCCAAGUGUGUGUGAAUGCUGUAUGGGUUGCGCAGAAUCAUGUGACUGUGCCCUUCCUUCCCGAGCCCACUGUAUGGAUCACUGCUGUCCCUGCACUAAUGUCUGGGGACCAGGGACCUGCUCCUUUCCUCACUUGUGUCCACUCUGUGAUUGUGCCUGCACCUAUCAGCCCCCAGACUGUCAGAACAUCAACUGCAUUUGCUUUGAGAUCAAAUUGCGUUAAGGGACCUCAGCCCUCAAAAUAGUAGAGUUAGGAUUUGGGAAUGUGGGAAGAUUUAGGAGUCUUCAUACAAACAGUGGGCUGAUAAAAUGGGUCCUUCCCAGAUUGGCAAAAAUGAAGUAUCCUGAUGCAAGGAGACUUGAAAAUUUGCUUUUCCUUUUCUGUUAACUUUUUGUUAUCUUUUUGAAAUGCUUUUUUAAAUGCCUGUUUGAUAUUACUGUUUUUAUAAGAACUGUUGCAUUUUAUAAUAAAGCAAGUUGUAUACA